AUGGUGUCGAAGUUUGAUGAUUUAUCGAAUGAGGUUAUUCUAUGUAUUUUUGAAUAUUUGUCGCCAGCCGAGAAGUUUUGUACAUUUUUUAACUGCAAUGAUCGUUUGCAUCAGUUGAUGAAAAAAUGGACUAAUUACAGUAGAAAAUCAUUGAAAGCUGACGUUGAUCGUUAUUCAACUUUGCAUAGUUGGUAUAAACAUUUAACGUUUGAUGAAUUUGGAACACUUUGCUAUAUUCUACCACGAAAAGGUGAACAACCACGAUAUAGUUUUGAUCCUCGUAUUAGAGAUUCAAAUGGUAUACACUGGCAUUUUUUAGGAAGUAUCAGUCAUUUAACAGAUAAACCAAUACAAAAAAUUGUUCAAAGAUUUCCGUUUAGAUUAAAUCCGUUGUUCUAUAAUUCUGGAAACAAUACUAGUAGUUACUUAAUGGUAGUUAGAAAAAACUAUAAAGAAUAUUUCGAAACAACAUACCCGGUAGAAUAUAAACAAUGUCUAACUAAUAACGGUUUAUUUGAUUAUAAAAACGACAUAAUUUCGAAAUUAUUAAGACAAGACUAUGAACGUCAAUAUAAAGAUAUACAACAAGCAGCUGAUUGUGUAUGGAACGGAUUAAAAGAAUUAAAUGAUCUCAAUAUAUUAAACAUUAAUUAG